CCGGGAUACGGCGGAUUUGUUGUAAUAAUAAAACACUAUGACCUUAUAACAAAUUUUGCGCAAAACUUCUUGAAGGCAUUCAGCCAAAGUUGAACGCGUUAUUCUCUUGCGUUGGAAAUUCCCAGUGAUUCAUCAAAAAUGACCGACCACCACCAUCCAGAUCACCCGGACCGCGGCGAUUCGAUUUCGAUUAGCAAGAAGAACCCUCCGCCGUUCGAUUACAACCAGCUGGCCCGGAACGAGCUGGUCAAUGCGACGGUGCGACCGGCCGAGAAUGCUUCACCCGCUAGGCAACAAGGCAAAAAAGAUGACGCUCAAAAAAAGUCCUUCAAAAAGAAGUCCCUGUCGCACGGGAAGGCCCCGCCCGCGGCUAAACCGGUGGCCACCAAGCAGCCGGAAAGUGCCGUCGACGUGCCGAAGCGAAACCUGGACGCGUUGCUGAACGAAAAGCUGGACGAAGUGUUGAACGAGGGCAUCCUGGACUCGGUGCUGCCGUUCAUCUGUCCGGUCAACCCGCCAAGCUCGUCCAGUGGUUACGGGAAAAGCAUCGGCACCAAGCCGGUCGUCCCGAUCGGGAUGACCAAAUCGAUUGGCAGUGGUGGCGAGGCUAGCUCACCGGAUGCCGGGGGGCAGAGCGCGGGAAGUAGCGCGAAAAAGACAAGCCUGUCGGCCGUUGGGGACGUGUCGCAGAACUUUCUGAUCGCCAGCAGCACCAGCAAGAUUGGGGCACGCAGGAAGUCGUCGUUUUCCCAGCUGGCAAUUCCGGAUAGCAGGGCGGAGCCGGAAGUGAUCAUCCACGUGUGCGACGAGGUGAAGGGAACGUCGCGGGAUUUUUCCUGUCCCCAGAAGCUGUUGAUUUCGAAAAUGGGUUACUUUGCGGAUGUGACCGCUGGUCAGCGGCUCGAGGACAUGGACAUUUCGGUGCACUGCGACCUGCAGAUUUUUGAGUGGCUCAUGAAGUGGGUCAAGAAGGAUUCCAUGUCCCAGGACGAGUGGCCCGCGCUGGAUCCGUCGAACGUGGUUCCGAUUCUGGUGUCCGCUAGCUUUCUGCAAAUGGAGCCGCUCCUGUUGGACUGUUUGUCCUUUUGCCACGCGCGUUUGAACGAGGUCGUUAAGGCAUCCGCAAAUCUGGCCUGCCUCAACGACAGCAUCAUCACUCGACUGGCGGCGAUGUUCACCAAUCUCGAGUUGGAAAUGGUUAAAGACAAAAAGGACCGCAUCGCGCCUCGGCUUUGGACAAAGUUGAUCCAAAGUCUGUGCGAAAUUGAGCCGCAGGCGCUGCGAGGCCAUUACGCCACGCUGGUCGGUAUGUUCCGGUGCCUUCGAUGUGCCAAAUACCUCACGCAAACCGUUAGCACGUUCAUACACUGCGUGCCGCAGAAUAUUCGUUUGAACCGGUGGGGACAGCUGAUUAGCUCGCACGUCAAGGAUCCCGCCUGGAACCUGACCAGCUACGUGGCCAGCCUGCACAAAGAGUUGCGUUCGUGGCGAAAGGUCUACUGGCGGCUCUGGGGACACUGUCACUUUCUGUACUGCGCCAUUUGCGACACGCACUUUGCGGUUUAUCAGAUGCUGUGGUGCCAGUAUCAUCCAGAGCAGCCGCAGUUUUUGGGACCGGCGGCGGAAGGACGCGUCACGGGACCGGCCGGACGUUAUCCAUGCUGCGGAAAGCAAGCCUACCGCUACGAGACACUACCAGGACCAACGGGUUGUCAGUACCGGGAGCACACCGUGCAAGCGGACACCGAUCGCGACAGGGCUAUUCUGCAGCUUGCCAUCCACGCCUCCGAGGGUGGUUGCCUGUACGAAACGGCUCCGUUCAAGCCACCGAGCACAGCGAACCAAGAACCGUGGUGGAACGGCAUUGGGAUAUUGCCACACCGCUCGAGACAGGGUUUGCUGCCGUCGUUCCACGUGGACGGCGAUCCCCACCCGAGUCGUGCCAACCGAAAGUUCAUCCCCCGUCAGAUGUCGCAGUCGGUGGCCGAGUCUGACACGGAGUCGGACUCGGAAGAUGCGGACAAAUCCGGUACGAUCCUGAGCCGUUCGUCGAGUAGCAGCAGCGAUGGCGGUGAAUCCGAGUACAGCAGUCCCCGCUCGUUUCGGCCCAAGAACGCCAAGUGCAAGCCGAAGAUGUCCUACGGGAGGCACUGGGCCGGGGAAAUGAGCGCUCGGAGCAACCAGGAUAAUCAGCGCGAGUUUGAGGAGCGCGCCAUGAAGCAGAUCAUCUCGAUGGUUGGGAAAAAGACGGGCGGCGAGCAAAACCAGCAGUACGCGACCUACCAGCAGGGCGGAAUCUUCGUGAAGCUUGAAGCGGACUGGCGCGAGUCGAUGAAGCAGAAAAAUCUGGCCAGCGUCAAGGCCAAGCCGAACGCCUUCAAAUGAUGACUAAUUCUGGAUCUGCGCGAACGAUCGCUGGAGAAGACGGUUUGAAGCGAGUUCCACCGAAUACUAUUGAUCUGCUACGAAUAAGCCUAUACACGAGGGCACAGUCCCUUAACUUAUA